AUGUCUUCUGAAAUUGUUUUUGUAUCAUCUGCUAGAAGAAGACAUGCAUUACCAGUAAGACGUAGUCGAUCAAUUCAACCAUUAGAUCAUAUACCAACACCACCUGAUUCUUUACUUGCUCAAUUAAUUAAUUUUCGUAUUAAUGGUCGAACAAUUAAUGCGCGAAAUGUUGACGAAAUUUAUCCCGGUUUAGAUCGUUUACUUCUUCGAUGUUUACAAACAGGUGAUUGUCGACAAUUAGAUAAUCGUUUAAAUCGAAAUUUAAAAGCCGAAUAUCUAUUAAUUACUAGUAAACAUAUACAUACUAGUGUAUGCUCACAAACACAAGAUAUACUUGAAAAACUUGUGGAAAAGGGAGCUACUCUUGAUCUUCAUUUUUACGAACCAAUUCAUAUGAAAGAGUUAGAAUUAAUGUGUAGAUAUGGCUUUGAUAUCAAUGAACGUUUAGCAAAAUAUAAUAAUCAAACACCACUUUCAAUAUUUAUAAAUAAAAAUUAUUCAAUAUCUAUGCUUGAUGUUUUAAUAAAACAUGGUGCACGUUUUGAUUUACAAGAUAAUAAUGGUCAAACAUGUCUUCAUAUUGCAUGUCAAUCAGCAAUAACUGAUCCUCUUUUUGAAUUUAUUAUUAAUAGUUCACCUGAUUCAUGUUUAAAUAUUCGAAAUCAAUCUGGUGGUACACCACUUGAUCUUAUGUAUUUAUCAACAUAUGAACAAGCAAAUUUUUCACGAUUACAUCGUUUACAUUUAUUAUUAUUACGUAAAGAAAGUAAAUUAACACGAUAUGGUAUGCGUGAACCAAAUUUACUUGCUAAAAAACAAUAUAAAUUAUUUGAUAUAUUAGCAUGUAAAGAAUUUUUAUUUAAAUAUCGUCUUAAAGAUAUAUUUGAUCCAACAAUACGAUCAUUAUCAUGGUGUAUAUUUUUAUUUUAUGAUGUUUUACGUGCAUGUGAACAACGUAAUACAAAUCUUGCACAACAAACAAUUCAAAAACGUCUUGAACGUUAUUUAAUAGCAAUGAUUGAAAAUGGUGAAAUACCACUAGAUAAAUUAAUAUUUCGUCCAAAUCUUCGUCUUGAUUAUACAUUUCUAUCUUCAGCAUCAUCAUCAUCACCAACAACUGAAUUAGAUCAACAACUAUUAAUGGAUGCGCAAAAUUCACUUUUAUAUAUGGCACAAAUUAAAAGUAAAUUAAAUGAAUUACGUAUACAAGCACUCACUUUAAAAGCUAUUUGUCGAAUUAAAAUUAAAAAAGAAAUUCAAACAUAUCCAAAUGAUAUUGUAAAAUUAAAUCCAUUAUCAAAAAUUUUACAAGCUUAUUUAACAUUUUAUAAUCCAUUUAUUAAAACUGAUGUUAUCAAUUAA